AUGGAUAGCGAUCUUUCGGAUUAUGGCUCCCUUGAUGACACUGAGAGUUGUGUUGGUGAAUUAAACGUUGCAGACCGUGAUUUACAGGUGACAUCGCUGGAAGUACGAUGUAAUACUAAAACACCUGACUUGGAUCGCGUCAAGAAGCUGUUGAGAGGAUCUAAUGAAGGUAUUCGUGGACUUAUUGAUACUUGUGUUGAAGAUACUCCGUUGUCGCAAAGGAAAGAUGUUACAGAUGACUCUUGUUACGCGGGAAAAAGCGGUUUGGAGACACAAUCGGUAUCAGGAACUGUGUUAGUUGGAUCAGGGUCUCCUCUUGGGUUUGCAACUGCCGAAAUUAGAUCCCAAAGCUUGCAGCUGACGGUACCAGAUGAUAUUAGUGUGCCUACUGGUAGCAACGAUAUUUUGAAUGAAAGCGAUGAGUGGUUGAGAAGGGACAAGAGUGGAUUGGAGGCGUCUACUCAGGUAAUAAAUUCUCCUAGCGAUAGUAUUCUGGGUACCGAUCCUUAUAUAAUGUCUGCUGUGAAGGACAGAGGUGAUAUAGUGGGAACUGCUACACAGAUAAUAGUGUCGCCUGCUGUUGAAGCGAAUAGAACUACGGCGAUGGGCUCUGAUAGCCGAAAAGUACCAGCAAUUCAUGGAGAAGAAUCACGACAAGAGCCCAAGAUAUUCUUACAUUUUUCGAAGAAGUGGGGGAAUACUGUAUCCCCAAGCAAGGUUAGGAACCGGAGGUCGCCAUUGUCACAGUGUGAAGAGAUCUCUGGAACACGAGUAUUAGACCGUAGUAUUAAUGGCGAUGAAGAAGAGUUGAAUGUAUAUAGCGAUUGUUCUGUGAGUCAGGAUUUAUCGGAAAUGGUCGAAACUGGGACUGCUACUCAACAGAACUAUAAAGAUAGCAUUGCUAUAUCUACUCCCCCAGCUACGGCACCAAACCUCGUUACCAAUAACGUUUCUGAAAGCCUGUACAUAGAAUCCCAGGAUGCAGCUCCUCCUAAAAACAAGCGGCAGCUGCAAGUUGCAGCUGAAAGCUAUCAAGAUAUCUCUGAUGGGCUUGAAACAACUUCGUCUCAUGACUACGAUACGCGAAAGAAACCAAAAGCUUCAGAAGAUCAACCGAUUAUUUAUAGGGACAUUCGAUUCUUAACUAAAGAGCAUAUUAAACAUAGUGACUCCGCGUGGUGCUAUUCUUCAAACUUUGAAUAUUAUCCUGCCAAGAUAUUAGAUUCUUAUAUUAACAGAGAUGUCUCUCUCGUGUUGUUUCGACAAGGUGAAUAUGAGGUAAAAGAUAGCGAUAUACACUAUCUUGAUAUUAGAGUAGGUGAGGAAGUACAAUUGGACCAAAAAGAUUAUUAUGUUGAAGCUCUGGAAAAUAAAGAGCAACAUCCGAUCAACUGUAUACGAGGUUAUGAUACUGUUCACCUAAAACCAGUACUACGCAACGGAAGAAUCGGUAAACGAACUAUUAUUAGGCCAUUGAUGGAUAUCAAACUGAGUUGUGAGCAAUGGGCUCGAAGGGCAAGAAUAAUACUGGAUGAAGGAUCACAGAACCGAGCUAAGGCUUUCCAGUAUCUCAAAACACCAAUACGGCGAUCGAAAGGCACUAAUCUUUUGAGUGAUUCUCCAAAGCGUUCUCUGACAGCAUCGCCUAUAAAAACGAAUAGAACAGAUUUUUACCGUAGUGAGAACAUUUCCCAGCAUAAAGCGCAAUCAGAGGAUUCAGUGAAGAACUUAGAACUAAAUUUGGCUGCAGCUUGUAACGCCAGCCCAACUAAAAAAGUUUUCUCAAGCUGCCUGUUUGUAAUUACUGGUAUUGAUGGAAAAUACGCCGAGAAGAUUACCAAUAUAAUUGAAUCCCAGGGCGGCACAGUUAUUUCUCGCUUCUCUGACUAUUUAAAACGCAAAAACAGUCAAAUGGUUUGGACAAAGACAGAAUUCGGAAGUUAUAAAUUUGCUUGUCUGGUUACUGAAACGCAUAAAAGAACGCAGCGCUAUCUCGAAGCACUGGUGCUUGGAUGGCCUACGUUGCACUGGAAAUUUAUUCAUCGUUGCAUUGAUAAUGGAGGCAUAACCUUGGAAACUUCUAUAUUCCCUUUCUUGUUACCUGCAGGAGAAAGCCACCGGCUAUCAACUAAUUCAAUUCAGAAAACUGGCACCAUAAAAUCUGCUAACAUUUCAAGGUUCUUUAUGAAUUUAUGCCAAAAUAUUACCCUGAAAAAUCAAUUGGAUACCUUUAAUGUCAGACAACUAAUUGGCUUUGAUGUAAUUAUUGUGGGACAUUCUGACACUGACGAAUUUGUGGAAUUCGUGUUUGCAUGUUUCAGGGCAAACAACUUGCUGAAGUUCAAUACUACUGAUGAAAUGUCCACUGCCUUAAAUCAAACAAACCAAAAUAUUGACAGCGGGAAGUUAUUGAUAUAUGUUAAUUACACCGAUACUACUAAGAGCGAACGGGCAAAAUCAGAAAUCAGUGCAUUGUUAAAAGAACACAAAACCAGGAAUCAUUUAUAUCAGGUUUACGUCAAAACGCGUGAGUGGUUAAUUCAAACAAUAAUCAGUGAAGAUUGCGGGUGGUCCUAA